UGCUGACGCAUUGCCAUCUCCUGUUCUUCAGCGGGGUAAGAACACUUCUUGCAACAUGCUUGUGCCUUUGGUGGAGUUUCUCAUGUGAUCCUUCUGCUGAUGAAGAAAUGGAAAAAUCAACCGAUACAAGUAAACCAGUGCAGCAUGAUUUAGACUCUAACCCCGCUUCACUGAAGAAAAGAAAGCAGCCUGCAGAAUGUUUUCUGACUCGGCCUGAGGAAAAAGAAGAAAGCACUGCGAAGGUGAAGAGGAGAAGGAAGAAGAAAAUUUCUGAUAUUCUUGCAAAAUCAUCUCCAAAACCAGGCGUCCCUGAAGACCUACAAAAGCUGCUUAAUCAACACUUUGGUAGUAAACGUUCAGUGAUUGAACUAGAAGAGUUAAAACUGCCAGAUUCCUGUUUCCUGCCAGCCAAUGACCUCACCCAUAGUUUUUCUUCGUACCUGAAGGAAAUUUGUCCCAAAUGGGCAAAACUCCGUAAAAACCACAAGGAGAAGAAGUCUGUGCUGAUGCUGAUCGUCUGCAGUUCUGCUCUCCGUUGUUUGGAGCUCAUUAAGUCAAUGACAGCAUUCAAAGGAGACUGCAAAGUUAUGAAAUUGUUUGCAAAACACAUAAAGAUAAAGGAACAAAUGCACAUGCUGGAGAAUGGUGUCAUCCACCUGGGUGUAGGAACACCUGGAAGGAUAAAAGCGCUAGUAGAGCAAGAUGGCCUUAGCUUGAACUCCUUGAAGUAUCUCAUUUUGGAUUGGAACUGGAGAGAUCAGAAGUUGAGGAGGAUGAUAGAUAUCCCUGAGAUAAGGAAAGAAACAAUUGACCUUCUGGAAAUGGGAAUUAUAAAGCUGUGCAGAGAGGAUUCUGUGAAGCUGGGCCUCUUUUAAAGGUGUAACUUAUGAGGAUGAAAUUUACAGCUGUAUUUCACUUAUCACUGUCUGUAAUAGGCAACUGUUCAGUGGCUGACUGGAUUCAGUUCUUCUGUUUCUGAGAUGUUUGGCGGAAACGUGUAUCUCAAUGUUUUGUCUGCUUCUGGCCCUCUUAUAAUAAAGCAAAGGGUUUUAAGUAGA